UUCUGAAAAUGAGAAGCUAGAAAGAAGAAAGCGGCAUCUUAGCAAAGCUGGAGUUGAAUUCCUAUGGCAUUGUCUACAGAUUUGAUCACCGUCACUGAGUUCUAUGAUCGCUUUGUUCGUAGUAUAGAAACGACAUCAUGUGUUUUUGUCUUUCGUGUUUGGAUCUAAACAAUUAUCUGGUUUCAGAAUGAAUGUGAUAAAUGUGCACACACCACUUGAUUGUGGCUGCAAUUAAACUGGCAGUUAUGUUAUCCCUUCCACGAACCACUAUGUAAAUAUAUAACUGAUUUGUUGGUAUUCGCACCUGUUAGUUGGCGCAAAGCAAUGGAGCUCUCGGUGCUUCGCCAUCCACUGAAGCCAGCAUCCUUUCGCACCUCUUUCAUCCCCCAAUCCGCCACAGCAGCAAGAAUAAGUUCAAAGAGGAAUAAAUCAUUCUCGCGGUGCCGCUGUUCGUCGGCGGAGGGAGCUGCGGCGGUGGAUGAACAGGGAAGGAGAGCAUUCGUGGGGUGUCUACUUGCAGCAGCUGCGGGGAUGUGUUUAUCUGAUGAAGCUAGUGCAGUGAGCACAAGCCGAAGAGCUCUGAGAGGGGCAAAAAUACCGGAGAGCGAUUUCACGGCGCUGCCGAAUGGCUUGAAGUAUUAUGAUUUGAAGGUCGGGGGAGGGCUUAAAGCGGUGAAGGGAUCACGGGUUGCCGUUCAUUACGUCGCCAAGUGGAAAGGCAUCACGUUUAUGACGAGUAGACAAGGACUCGGUGUUGGUGGUGGAACGCCAUAUGGAUUCGAUGUUGGUGAUUCAGAGAGAGGAUCAGUUCUUAAGGGCCUGGAUUUAGGAGUCGAAGGGAUGCGCGUUGGAGGCCAGCAGAGGUUGCUGAUAGUGCCACCCGAGUUAGCUUAUGGAUCGAAAGGCGUACAGGAAAUUCCUCCAAACGCAACGAUAGAGUUGGAUGUCGAACUACUAUCGAUCAAACAAAGUGUAUUCGGGUCUUCUGUGAAAGUUGUUGAAGGAUGAUUAGGUAUGCUUUUAAUUUAUGUUCAUUUAUUUUAUAUAAACUGUGAUCAUACCAUCAAUUGAAUUAACAAGACCAAUGUUGUACAUAUCAUUUUUAUGAAUCUCUAUAUGUAAAGACAAAGGCUACCUAAGGUUCGAAAACAAUGUCUACAAAUAUACAUAAAUUAGCGACAUACCUACCUUGCGGCGAAGAGGAUAAAUGCUAUGAGAUCAGAAGGGUGACGGAUACCAACACAAGCGAAAUAAUGAUCUUAUGCAGUGUGUGGAAGAUUGGACUGACCAGCGAGCUGCUGCCGGCAAUCAGCUGCCCGGCGUUCAGAAACUCAUCUUUACUGGUAGUUACGGAUACAUUUACAGACAGAGAACCUGAAGUGAAACGGUAAUUUUUGAGCGAGGCUUUUUUGCGCUAUUGUGAUGGUAAAAUAGAUGGGGUUAAAACUUACAAUCAUGGUCAGCCCAUCCUAUUCUCCGGUGAGCCAAAUCAUAAACGAAUAUUUUAUCUUUGAGAACAAGAUCUGGGGCAAGGAAACAGAUAAGUGUAAGCUAUGUAGUUCGAUGUUUUGGUCGAAAAGUCAAUCAGUUUUAUCCGAAUUUACCUCCUAGAAUAGAUGUCUCUUGAUUCUCUACUUUAAUAAAGCCAAUGCACCACAUUGCAGCACCAUCCUGCGAAAGGUAAUAGCCGUAAGCUUUACAUGGUUUCGACCUUUUGACAAGCUAAAAAAAAAAAGAGGGAAAGGGACUUACAAGAAAUCC